AUGGGGAAAAAUCGGCAUAGCAAAGACCGGUUGUUUAUUACGCAGACAGAGCACAAAUAUCUCUACGGUGGCAAGAAACAGGAGACUUGUCGAGCCUAUAAACGCCUUCCAUUUAAUUGUUGCGCUAUCACACUCUGUCCCUUCACGAAUCCGGUAUGCACACGAGAAGGCCACCUGUUUGAUUUAGAGGCCGUCGUACCUUACGUUAAAGAGCAUAAGAUUAACCCUACAACGGGAAAAUCUUUGAUAUUAGAAGAACUCAUUCAAUUGCAUUGUAGCAAGAAUUCGCAAGGAGAGUAUUUUUGCCCUGUAACAUACAAGAUCUUUACAGACAAUACCAAGAUUGCCGCGAUUGCAACCACGGGGAAUGUUUUCUGCUACGAAGCAAUUGAAGAGCUUAAUAUUAAACCGAAGAAUUGGAUGGAUCUUAUAUCUGGUGUAAAGUUCAAGCGCAACGACAUCAUCAUACUUCAAGAUCCGCAUGAUCUGUCUAAUCGCGAAAUUGAGAAUUUUGAGCAUAUACGACGCGCAAAAGCGGUUGACAACAAAGCUCCUUUAACAGCUGCAGUUCGAAAUAUUCGCACAAAUGCGGCAACGGAUCGUAUUCUUGAAGAGCUGGACGCUAAUCGUAAAGCGCAGAAAGAGUUAGCGAGAAAGAUAUUGAAAAAAGCUAAUGACGUUAGCGAGAAGGAUAAAGUUGUGGCUUCGUUGACCCAUCGCAAUUUGCCGCAACAAGAGCACGCUGUGGCAAAGCAGGUACCCGGUUCAAGAAAGCUGCAAUAUUCACAAUUUACUUCCGGAGAAUGCUCAAGCUCAUUCACGUCCAGUGUGAAAGCGCCUGUGACGAAAAAUGCUAUGGCGCUGGCCUCUGAACCCGAGCUGCUUAAGCAGCGGUGGCAGACUGUGCAAAAAAUGAAAAAGAAAGGUCUUGUGCGACUCGAGACAACCCUUGGCAAUAUUAACGUUGAGGUGGAUUGUGAUAUCGUCCCGCAGACGGCUGAUAACUUUUUGGCCUUAUGCCAAAACAAGUACUACGACGGAGUCCUAUUCCACCGUGUCAUUAAAGGAUUUAUGAUGCAAGGAGGAGAUCCCACAGGAACAGGUCGAGGUGGUGAAUCUAUUUGGAAGAAACCAUUUCGCGAUGAAAUCGCCAAUCGACUGUCUCACGACCAACGAGGAGUGCUGAGCAUGGCGAACGCUGGACCGGGUACGAACAACUCCCAGUUCUUUAUCACUUUUAAAGCGUGCCCAAACCUAGACAAAAGGCACACUGUGUUUGGUCGGGUGGUUGGAGGAAUGGGUGUUCUGGACAUUGUUGAACGCGUGGAGACUGGUGAGGAAGACCGUCCUAUUGAGGAUGUGCGCAUUAGGAGUGCUCAGGUCUAUAUAAAUCCGUUUGAGGAGUACGAGAAAGCUCAGGAUUUAGAUCUGAACGUCGUACAGGAGGCGAAGGAAAAGGCUGCGCGAGAGGCAAAUGAUCUAGUGCACGGCGCUGUGUUGAAAAUCGGUAGAAAGUGGGUUGCUUAUGACAAUUUAGCAGAGGUAAAUGUGGCGAGCAUUCCUACACGAGAAACAACCGAAGCCGAGGCUGUGGGGAAAUUUUUGGCCACCAAAUUUGCUGGUGUCACCAAAAAGCGGCUAUUGGAACAACAGAUGCCAAUUGCCAUUGAAAGCAAGAAGAAAAGCAAGAAGUUAUCUGGAUUUGGCAGCUUUUCCGGGUGGUGA